GCCAUCGAAUUCAAAUCAGGAUUCCUGCACGAUUUGGUCGCGAGAGCUCCACCCUCGCCCUCCACUCUCCCACCAGCUUCGCGCUCCCCUCCCCUUCCCCCGACCCGCGAACUCGAGGGCGACGACGCCACCGGCGCGCCGCGGGGAGAGGCACCGGCGGCUGCGGCGGCAGCGCACGGAGCGGAGGAGUGGUGCGGCGGUGCGCGGAAACCCCUCUCGUGCGCUCCCUCACCGCCUCCCCCCCUGCGCGCGAAGGGCAGCCGCGCGCGGGAGUGAUCCACCAGGAGCAGGAGGAGGAGGAGAGCGGGGUGUGGCCCUAUUGGUGGCGGCGUGGGGAGAGAGCGUCGUGCCUGAGCCCGAUUCCUGCCCCUCUCCGGUGCAGUGUUGGAGGCAAGGUAGGCUCUGUGCGACUGACUUUCGAUGUCUUCGACAAGAAAAGUGAGAAACAUGAAUAAACGGUACGCCAAAAUAAAUGAAGAUUGGCAGGACAAAGAUUCAACAAAUGCUCCUAAAAGUAAGGUGCGAAAGAAAAAACUAUCUGACAUGCUAGGUUCUCAAUGGAGCAAAGAUGAGCUAGAGCGUUUUUAUGGAUCAUAUAGAAAGUAUGGAAAAGAUUGGAGAAAGGUGGCCAGUUCUAUCCGUGAUAGAACAUCUGAAAUGGUGGAAGCUCUUUACAACAUGAACAAGGCAUAUUUAUCUCUUCCCGAGGGUACAGCUACUGCUGCAGGGUUAAUUGCAAUGAUGACUGAUCACUAUAAUAUUCUGGAUGGAAGUAACAGUGAUCAUGAGAGUAAUGGUUCACCAAAAACUUCUAGAAAGCCACGAAAGCGUGGUCGUGCAAAAUUUCAAUCUGUGUCAAAGGCCUCUGAUACACAGCAUCCUCAUCAAUUGCAAUCUCAGCCUGCUUCGUCAAGCUAUGGAUGCCUUUCGCUGUUGAAGAAGAAACGAUCUGGCGACUUGUUUGUAGGGAACAAGCCACGUGCUGUUGGAAAACGGACUCCACGAGUGCCUGUUGCUAGUAUGUACCAGCGAGAUGAGAAAGUAGGCCCAUCAAAUAGACAAGCAAAACCAGAGGGUAAUAAUGGUGAUGAUGAAGGUGCACAUGUAGCUGCACUAGCUCUAGCAGAGGUGCUUCAUCGAGGAGGUUCACCUCAGGUUUCUCAAACGCCUGGAAGAUCUGGUGACCGUAUGUUCCUUUCUCCUGUAAAAAGUACAGACAGAAAGAAUGCUGAUUCAGAGAUGGGAAGCUCAAAGCUACAUGGAUUUCAAGUAGAUGUUGAUUUCCCUGAAGGUAGUUUAGGAAGUCGGGAAGCAGAGACCGGUGAUUAUCCCAAAUAUUCAUCCUAUUUGAUGAACAAUGAAGGUUCUGCAUCUGGCAAAUCUCAGCAAAAGGUAAAAAGAACUCAGAGGAAGAGAAAGAAAGCUGCACGCAAAACAGAUGAUCGACUUGAGGAUGACAGAGAGGCUUGUAGUGGCACUGAAGAAGGGCAUAGUGCCAAAAAGGCUAAAGAUGAAUCAGAGGUGAAUGCAGUGGGACGCAAAGCAAGAUGGCCAAAGAAAUCAAACAAAAGAAAUCGCCAGCUGUUCUUUGGUGAUGAAAGCUCAGCUCUUGAUGCAUUACAUACAUUAGCUGAUCUAUCUGUGAAUAUUCUUCAGCCUUCUUCUAUUGUGGAAUCUGAAUCAUCAGCGCAGAUUAAGGAUGAAAACAAAGACAUUGACUCUGAUGAGAAGCCUAAUAUGCCUGCAUCAGUGUCAGUACUUGAGAAGAAAGACAACUCCAGAAGUACAGUGAAAAAAGUUAAAAGGCAGUCAGAACUUGCAAGUUCUGACAUGGCUACUCGUAAAAAAGCUAGAAUCGUCAAAGUUCCUCAUGGUGAUGGAAGCACUAUUUCUGAAACAAAGCAGCUAGAUUCUAAAUUUGGUGUUAAAACAGAGAAAAAGAAAAGGAAACCUUCUGUGGCAAAGAUUUCCAAAGAUGAAAAAAGUGCACUAAAAUACAUUGAGAAGACUGAGGUUUCUGCUGAAGAAGGGAAGGUAUCUUCUAAUAAAGGUAAGCAUACUCAUGUUAGUCCAGUUUCAAAUCACACGGUAAAUUAUACAGCACAUACUGAUUUUGGAAAUGUAGCCAUGGAUACUGUGGAUACGGCAACACAAGGUACCACAACUCAGCAAGCUGACUUGGCAUCAAAGGGUAGAAGCCGCCGCAAAAUAGGCAUUCUGAAAGCACUUGCUCCAGAGUGUAGACCUACUGAUGGCACUGAUGAUCCCCGAAGUGAUAAACUUUCUUACCCAGUGAAUAAUGUCAUUGAUCUUAAGGACUCACUCUCUCAUUGUUUAUCUUCACGUUUGCUCCGUAGAUGGUGCAUGUUUGAAUGGUUCUACAGUGCAAUUGAUUUUCCAUGGUUUGAAAAGAGUGAAUUUGUUGAGUAUUUGAAUCAUGUGAAAUUGGGUCAUGUGCCAAGGCUGACUCGUGUUGAGUGGGGUGUCAUAAGGAGCUCUCUUGGAAAACCACGACGAUUAUCGAAACAGUUUUUGCAGGAAGAGAGAGAGAAGCUUGCUCAGUAUCGUGAGUCAGUCAGGCAACACUAUGCUGAACUUCGGUCUGGUGCUCGAGAAGGUCUACCAACUGAUCUUGCUCGGCCUUUAGGAGUUGGACAACGUGUGAUAGCCUGUCAUCCUAGAACAAGGGAACUUCACGAUGGGAAUGUUCUGAAUGUUGACCAUAAUCGUUGCCGGGUUCAAUUUGAUCGACCUGAUAUGGGUGUUGAGUUUGUAACGGACAUUGAUUGUAUGCCACUACAUCCACUAGAAAAUUUUCCAGAGUCUCUCAGACGGCAGAACAUUGUUAAUAAAUAUUACAAUGGUUUAUCAGAAGGGAAAUUUGAGGAUAGGCCCAAAGAGUUGGGCACUGGAGUUCCAACAAGAUUCACAUCAAAUGUGUGUUUUGAUGGUGGUGACACAACCUCCAGCAUACCUUCUAGUCACCCAAUAAAUACUUUAAUGAAGCAAGCAAAGGCCAAAGCUACAGUAAAUGAUGUUACUGUUGCUGCUCAGCAGUCAAUGUACAGUCAGCCAUGCACACUAUCACAGAUACAGGAAAGAGAGGCUGAUAUAAGGGCUCUUGCUGAACUAUCACGUGCUCUUGAUAAAAAGGAAGCUUUACUGGUAGAGUUGAGGCACAUGAACGAAGAGGUGUCUGGAAGGCAAAAGGAUGGGGAAGCUAUUAGAGAUUUUGAGCACUUCAGAAAGCAAUAUGCUAUGGUGCUUGUACAGCUAAGAGAUUCUAAUGAUCAUGUGGCUUCGGCCUUGCUUUCUCUGCGGCAACGCAAUACAUAUCAUGGGCAUCCAGCACAAUCAUAUCCUAAACCCAUGGAAAAUGGUGGAGCCUUAACUGGCACACCGGAUCUGUAUAACCUUUUUGGCUAUAUUAAUCAGGAAUCUGGGUCCCAAGUGAUGGAAGUUAUCGAGACUUCGAGAUCCCGAGCAAAAUUGAUGGUUGAUGUUGCUAUUCAGGCAAUGUGCAGAGUGAGUGAAGGAGAUGAUGCUUACGCCAAAAUAGGGGAAGCACUUGAUAAUCUGAACAACCGUAGUGGUGGCUCCGGUUCCAGCAUAUUAGGCAUAAGACGGAUACCUCCUGAUUCUGGACAGGCCAAUUCAUCUCAUCAAGAUAACAACACAUCUGGACACGUUGAUUCUGCAACAAAUAGCACCUCUAGUCCAAGAUUGCCCAAUGGUUGCGAUUCGGAACCGCAAUUCCCUUCUGAGUUGAUUUCAUCAUGUGUUGCUACCAUCCUUAUGAUCCAGAACUGCACUGAGAAGCAGUACCAUCCUGCCGAAGUCGCGCACAUCCUGGAUUCGGCGCUUUCGCGCCUACAGCCUUGCAGCUCGCAGAACAUCCCAAUCUUCAGGGAGAUCGAGAUGUGCAUGGGCAUCAUCAAGAACCAGAUGCUGGCCUUGAUACCUACCCCAAGUGGCUAGCGCCCGUGGCCUGCACAUUCUAUAUUAUACAUGAAAUGAAAUGUAUGUAUGUAUGUCGUGUGCCCCUUUUCUUUUUAUUUUAAUAUUAAUCUUGCAGUAUAUACAAGAUGUAACUUGUUAGUCGUUAUUAUUAU